GCUGAUCCAAUGGCUCAUAUGUCGUUCACCCGGACGCGAUGAAAUAUUGUUUCACAAUCUUGCCUUCUUGCCGCUGAAUGUCGUCUAAGAGUGCGACGUGAGCAGAUGUUUGGUGAUGGAGGCUGUGAGACAAAAGAAGACCAAACCCAAGACCAGCGGGAGGUCUCAGCUGACCAAGAAGCAGAGGCAGGUGGAAGAAGACAAAGGGGCCGCUGCUCCUUCGGCUGUCGCUAAUGAGGCUUCCACCUCCGGCUUCACUGACAUCCCCCUCAGCCUCCCACAUCAAGAGACGGAGGGGCAGCAAUGGGACACUGCUGAACACCCUAAGACUACAGCUAAGAUACCAAACACAUCUUCGGGGCAACAGCAGACUCUGUCAUCCAAGACCUCAUCUACAUUAUCAUUAACACAGACUUUACAGACAUCAUUAACUCUCUCAGGAGAAAGUUCUCCAUUUGUAGAUCAAUUGACUGAACCAGAGAAGGAGACAAAGGAUGAAGGAAGAGUGGAGGUUGAAGAGUUAAAGGUUAGACUUGCACAACAGAAUGCUGAUAUGGGGAUAGAAAGCCAGACAUGGACGGCACCUUGUAUUUCAACCCAUUUUGAGAAACAACCUACUCCUAGUGUCCCUUCUCUCUACCCCUCUCUCCCCACACUGGAGGAGGGCCCUCUGAUGCAGCUUUGUGAGGAAACUCUGAGAGCCUGUGAAUCAAGGGGACCUGCAGUUUUGGCUCUCCCAGAGCAGGAGUCAUCUCUUCCCAGUCUGCAGCCUAUUGAGUCUUUAGCUGAGCUUUCCAGGAACAGACUUUAUCCAGAAUUACCCAAGACCGUUGCAGAGGUUCAGGCAUUCUCAUUGGAACAACUGAGUGUUUGGGAGCCAGGUGAGGGUGUACGAGCGUGGCUUGAGGGCAUGGAGUUGUGCGUAGCUCAGUUCUGUGCUUUGGCUCGUCAGGAGAGCCAUGAGCUGACUGAACUGUUGCAAAACUACUGGCGCUGCCGAAGACAGCUGACCCAGUCUCACACACAGCUCCAUACACAGUCCUCUGACUGCAAAAGCACACAGAACCGGCUCUGGAGUUUCAGAGAUGAACAGCUCUCAGUACAGGGUGUGUGUGUGGACCAGUCUAAGGUUUGCGGGUACCACCGUUUCCAGCAGGCUGAGUUUAGUCAGAGUGUGCUGGCUGAGCUGAGGAGACUGUUUGAAGUACGCACUGAACUGCUUCACCAGAAGGUGGUGCUGCAUGCCUACACUGCUCUGCUGUCACGACUCCAGGUGGAAUCCUACUUGUAUCGCCUAUUAAAAGAUUGCUCCAGCAGCCGAACGCAGCCCUGUUCUCUCCAACCCCUGAAAGAGGCCAUCGGUGUUCUGUUCAGCUUUAUGCGCAGAGUGCUGGAUGACACACAGUUCCAGACUGACAUCCAUCACUGGCUGGAGAGACUGGUGGCAGUCUUACUCCAUGUCGGAGAAUCAGGAGAGCAUCUGUAUCUGCUGUGCCAUCUUCUGUGCUGCCCUGCUGGGGUGGGCAAGUGGGCUUCACCCUUCCUGCAGAUUAAGGUUUUGGCUAACAGUUCUGGGGUGCAGGACUUCAUGCAGGCUCUCGCCAUCCUAAUGUCUCCUUCUAGACACCGUGCAGAGUUCCUAGCCCAUAUGAAGCCUUGUGAGACGCAGAGCUCAGCAACUUCUGGCCCCGAGUCUGGAAACUGGACACUAGUUGAUGAGGGAGGAGAGGAGGACGAGGACCCAGACAGCAGCUGGCUGCUGCUAUGUGAGGAGGACCUUAUAUCCAUGCUGUCCCAGUUCCCUUUCAAGCAGCUGUAUUCACACAUGCUGGGGAUGAGCAAGCAGGAUGUGUAUGAGCCCCAGGCUUGUUCAAGCCAGAAGAUGAUGCGCGUUUUUGCCUUUGCCUCCUCACUCAUCGAGAUUUUGGCCAUCGGCCUGCAAACCUACAACAGGGCCCGAUACAGACAGCUAGUCAAACGAAUAGGGCACACUAUAAGAAUGACAGUGUGUUACGUCAGUGACCACUGGGCCCAGUAUGUGAGUGUGGCUGGUUGUGAUGGACCUAGUGCCCAUACACACUCUCUGUCUCUGGACAAGCUGCAGCUGGAAUAUGAUCAUCUGUUCCUCCGGGCUGUCCUGCACGUGCUCAGGAACAAGAGGUUGGGCAUCUGGCUAUUCAUGUCUGAGAUGCCCUAUGGGACUCUGUCCAGCUCUAUGCUGUGGAGGGUCUUAUAUAUCAUGCAGUGUGCUGAGACCGCAGGAUUGGAAGCAAUCAGCAUGGCAGAUAAUACACAUUCCUGCCUACAGGCCCUCAGAGAUUCUGCGCACCAGGAGCAAUUUGAGCACUGGCUUUGUGAGGUCAACAGCUCUGACGGCAUCGCUCUCCUCACUGCCCUGGCACACAUGGCAAUACCCACUCAGCACUCAGACCCCAACUUCAUCACAACCAUCACCCUGCUCAUCUACCAGGUGUCUUACGUUAGUGUGUCCACUAGAGAGACCUACUCAAAAGUUGGGAGGGAGUUGCUGUCUGCCAUAGCAACAGCCCACCCAUACGUCAUCUCUGUGCUGCUCGAGAAGCUGAGAGAGAGCAUACAGAUAGUGGGCAUGAUGGCGUUGUAUCUGUGUAAAGAGUUGCCUUUGUGCCUCUGGCGACCCAGACCAGAGGAGGUUUGUGUGAUUGGAGCCUGGCUGCUCCAGCAUCCUCUGUCUGCUGUGGAGAACCGGCUGGCCUGUGUUAUACUGGAAGGACUGAACUGGGGCUACACACAGGAUGGAUCCCUGACCCUGCCUUCAUCUCUCCACAGUGAAGUGGCUCUACUGGUGGCUGAGGCCUACCAGAAGUACCUGACAGACAAACCCUACAGCGGUCUCAUAUCAGAGGGCAUUAAACAGGUGUCCUACCUUGCCUCUGUCCUCCGUUUGGGUGUGUCUGCUGAAGCAUCCUUCAGCCAAUGGGCAUGGCAACUGUUGCUAAGGCUGAAGCUCCAUGCCAACGCUCAGAACCCUUGGGUAGCAUGGUCGGCCCCUGGUUCAUGCUCUAACCCAACCCCAGAGCUCACACAGACCCCAAGCAUGCACUCUGUCUUUCGAGCUGUGAAGGCAGGCGUCCCUAUCGGCUUUUAUCUCUCCAUUGCAAUGACUACUGUGGGGCAUAGUCUGGAGCAGUUCUGUACUGAAGGAGUUAUGUUGUUGAAGAGUCUGAUUCAGUCUCGUUACCUGAGAGCUGCUGUGCAUUUACUGGACAACAUCCUGCCCCCGACCUACCCUAUUAGCUUCUAUCUGCUCAAUAACGUUCAGUUUGUGAGUUGCAUCCAGUUGUUCUUGCAGUAUGACAGCGUGUGUCCACAGGGUGUGACACAGCAGGUUACCCAUCGGGUCGCACCACUGCUCACAGGAGCCAACUAUGGAGACAAUGUCCGGCUUCUCAACAGCGUCAUACAGACCCACGUGGUGGAGAGCUCUAGGCCUGGCCGGGUUGGGCCUGUGGCAGUUUUGGAGUUCUGGGUGGGAAUUCUAACCCAGCAGAACCAGUGGCACCGGGACAGAACCGUUCUGUUUCUCAUGGAUGAGAUCUGCCGGAGCGCAUUCACACACAACCAGGGGGAGUGUGUGCAGAAGUUACUCUACCAACAGCAUAAGAAUGCCCUAGGCUACCAUGGAGACCGGGGUCUGCUCUCUUCUCUGGUUGGCUGGAUUGCUGGAAAUGCCACACCCUCAUUCAUAGAGGGCCAAUCCCUGAGCGGAGAGGUAUGGUUUGCCUGGUUGGUGCUGAACAUGGAGGGCAUGUUUGAGGAGGAUUCUCAACUCAGGCGCUGUGUUGAACAUGAGCUCUUGUCAGAGCCCAGCCUCAGCCCAGAUCAGGCCUUAAAGAGAGCACAGCAGCGUCUGAAGUUGCCUGUAGCCCCAUCUCUGCAGCGGCUGCAGGUAUACCGCUGGGCAUGUCAGGCUUUAGCAACCCCCCCUGACCACCCCCUUCUUCCCCUGAUCUGGCAGAGGUUCCUACAGCUUUACCUCAGACAGCCUGGACCUGAAUAUGGGCUGGUUGCUGCAGGAUGUAUUGGACAGAGGUUCUUCCAGGCCUCGUCCCAGGCAUCUUUAUUCAGAGACCUGAGACAAAGACUACAGGAUAUGUCGGACUUCCACCAUGCUGCCAGCCAGGCCCUCAGGGUCCCUCCACCAAGCAACCCCUCUACAGAUAUCAGGCCCCAGGGGAACGAGACCCCUGAGGACACCCGGCCCCCUUACCUCACCUCUCCUCAGAUCCACACAGAGCUUGUCAGGUUGUUUGGUGUGUGUGGCGUGUGGUUGGAUGAUGAGAUUCUUCAGAAGCAGGAAGUGUACCUGCCCUCUCUUCCUCAAAAGUACGACCCACACAGAUUAGCCCAAGUCAUGCAGCGACAUCAGGAGCUGUGGCUGGAGUAUGUUGACCAGGAGCGUAUGCAGUAUGAUGAGCAGGAUGUCCUGUCUCUGUGGGAGAAGGUACAGAGUGAGCCAACCUUCCUCCAGAUCCAAAGCCCUGGCUUAACUGACUACACCAGUCUCCAAACAGCCAGGGAGCGUAUUUUAUCCAGCUUGCAGAAGCAUGCAGUGCCUCGACCUCCUCCAGAGCUGCAGCAGCAAAGAGCGCCAGUGGCCGAGGUCCCCACCAUCUGCUUCACUGAUUCUAAGGCUGCUGCUCAACUACUACAGCAGGACCUCAGCAUCCUGUGGGACCAGGCCCGGAUUGCAGUGGGGCGUGAAGCCCAGCAGGUGGCAAUGGAGCAGGAGCUGCUGGAGUGCCUUCCACUGCUAUACAAUAACCGACCAGAGCAAGUCAUCCUGGAACUGGAGUGUAGGGGGAAAGGGGGGCAACCUUGCCUGGGACCUGCAACCAUGACUGUCACAUGUGAGUGUGUCCAGAAACAGGAGGCAGUGCACACUCAGAUAAUGUCACUACACAGUGACAUCAAGAAGCUCCAGGCUGAUGCCAUGGCUCCUCCUCCUCAGAGCCUGGCCCAGGCUGCAGUGCACACUGAGAACUUUAUCACGGCUCUGGUGAACAUGUACAAGGCACAGAAGACGUCAGCAGUGCAGAGUGUGGGUGUCUCUACCUUCUAUCAGGUGGUAUCCUUUGUGUGUGAGGAUACACUCCAACACCCGCCAACACGCCAGUAUCUGUCCUCAUGCGUGGAGAUACUGGGACAGGUGUUUAUCCAGGGAACAGCAGCGGAGUGUGGCCGGGUCCUGCAGACCAUCCUGGAACAGAGGCUUCUAUGCCCCCUCAUUUCCCCCUUCUUCAUCCCCAACGCAGCACCCAAUCAGCUUGUCUUCCUCUACCAGGACGUGGUGACAUCACUUCACCCCGACAGUGCUGAUGUCAUUUUUAUGCUUCUAACCAAGUUUGACUUGACCCAGUGGCUGACUGAGGCCCACCCUGCAUUCUCAGAGAGAACUCGUCUAUUGGAGCUGGUACAUGGAGCCCUGUGUGUAUGUGGCCGCGAUCCUGAGCCCGACCUUCUCACACCUUUUCACCUUUUCACCAAGCACUGGACCGUGCUUUUAUGUCACCGCUUCCCUGACCAUUACAGUGACUAUUUGCGCCAGCUCAUGACCAGCUCCUCUGACCAGUUCUUGAGUCCAGAGUGUUGGAAAGUGACUCUGCGAGUGCUGGGCUGCUCCCCUCCUUCCCGGAGCACCAAGAGCAAAGCCGAACCAACAGCCGGCACCACUGACAUACCUGGCAGUGUGGGAGGCCCCUCAUCUUCUCCCCACAGAUCGCCUAUCAGCCUCUCGCCACAGCAGGUGGAUGAGACGAUUGAUUGGCUGAGUGAUUAUUUCCUGCGAACCCGUCUUUCUAAAGCAAACCUCCGCAGCUUUGGACUGUACUCUGCUUGGACACCCUACAUCAAUGAGGUCGUUGCUUUCUGGGGCCAUCUAGCUACUUGUUUAAUCAACGUGCAGCUCAGCAGCUGUGCCAGAGAGCCAGUGGGCAGCAGUAAAAUAGUAAAAGUCUUGCAGGACGUGCACAUCAAGGUUGUGAAAUUGUUCAAGCCUUGGAUCCUACCCUUGGACACUGAUGAUACCAGUAACCCUAGGUGUUAUGCCUGGUUGGAAACAGAUGCAAGUGCUGCAAGCUGUAUGAUUGGUCUGUACUCCCAACUCACGGAAACACUACACCACAAAUUCAGAGAUCGUUUGUUCCCCGGCCAGAGAUGUACCCUGUGGCUGUGUAUGAUGCAAUACUGUGAUAGCUGUACCUCUCCUCAUACCCCCGAGUAUCUUCUCUACCUGUACCACACGCAUCUCCGCAGUCUGCCCUGGAAACACCUGCACCCUGACACUCAGCUCAUGGAACAGCUCUUCAAAGUGGAAAGAGGAAGCCCCAAGAGCUGCUUCCUGUUCCUGGGGGAGGUCCUAUGUGAGGUCAACUGGGUCAGUGUCCUUAGCGACAACUUACUAACCAUGCCAACCUCCGAAACUCCAGCCUAUCCAACCCUGCAUACUGUGAAUACUCAGAAAGAUGCACAAACCAUGUUGGUGUAUCUACUUUACAUCCUAGUGUUUCUCACUAAAGAGGAGCAGCUUCUUAGCCAGCCGGACUCCCCACUCCUCAGUCUGUUGGUCCAGUCCUCAUCCUUGCCCUGGCACCAGCUGGACCUCUCCUCCUACCAGGGCAUCCUGGGAUAUGUCGGCACCCAUUACCCUCCAUCUUUGUUGCUAAGCACUGACUCUGCACCUCAGCUGAUGCUCAAAUCUCUUCGCAGCGCAGCUGGACUCCAGCCUCGCCUCCACGGAUAUCCUCACAGGGAGGAGACACUGAAAGCUGGUAUGUGUGUACGUUGGUGCGUCCAGUCCUUGGUGGCUCUGGAGCAGGGAGGUAGCAUCAGCCUCAGCAGCCUGAAGACCCAGCUGGAGACAUUGUUGGAGAGCAUCAUUACUUUCAGCCCACCAGAGACGGGUUUGGAACAGAGGCAUAUGGCAUUUUGCAGCCUUUUCAGUGAUGCACUGACUUUACUAAAUGGAGUGGGCAUGUCAACAGGAGAAGCCCUUGCAGGUCAUGUCAUCACCUGGCUGGACAGGAAAGGGAGGGGCUUUCCCAUCCUGCCACUCCUCACAGCUAGCUCCCGUUGUCUUGCAUCAGUACGUCACAUGACACGCAUUAUGGAGUCCUGCAUCACAGCUUACUUCAACCAUGCAGAGAAGGAAUCUGUAGGUUGGGGUCCAGUACUUGCAUCCCUGCAGGUGCCUGAGCUCACAGCUGAUGACUUCCUGUCUGAGAGCCUAUCGGGAGGCAGCUUCCUGACACUCUAUGCCUUCAUCUUGCAGCGGCUUAACACAGAACACACAACAGUAAAUGACAGGCGGACACUGGCUCUACUCAACACAUGGACUAAUCAGGUUUUCCCAAGUGGUCCGGAAAAUGAAGCCAAGCUACUCCUGUGGUGGCACAAGGCCCUGAACUUGUCAGUGGAGCAGCUGCAGCCUCAGGCAGGCCAGGGGGAAGUCCCAGGAGUGGUCUUGGGUCUCUCGCGAUUGCAAACAAGACUCUCUCAGCUGGGAGAAGAAAGACAAAACUCUGGGCUGCUUGGAGCUAUCGGCCUGGGAAAGAGGUCACCCCUGUCAAAUAGGUUUAGGGUGGUGGUGCGUAGUCUGGCAGCAUUCCUUGCAAUUCAGGUAACCUCAGAGACUCAGUUUCGUCUGCAACCCACCAGUGACUUGCAGCUCUCCACUAAAGCACAACAGACAUUAGGAAUAUUGGAGGCCAUGCCCAGCAGUAAACAGUAUGCUGAACUGGAGGAAUCCAUAAAUAAGGCUAUUCAGUUCAUCUGUUACCCAGGACACACUUUGAGAGAUGGACCAAGAUUGCUGUCCCUGCUAGCCAAUAUCCUCUACCCUGACCUCAGAUACCUCCACAUCAUCCGCUAACACGUGAGCACAGUCCGCCAGCUCCAACUAUUCUAAACCUAAUAAAGGAGCUUUGGAGGAUGCUACUGUUCUGUGGGCAAUAAAAAGACAAUCCACACUUGUUAUGCCCAGAGAAAUGUAAUGCUGCCACACAAAGAUUCCAGUUAACAGCACUCAAACUGGUGUUGGUAAAUGGCCAAGCACCAUGGACACACACCAUACCACUAUAUCAACAAGGGUUGUUGUGUUGACAUUUCUCAUCAAAAGCUAUUGCUAGGUUGUGAAACAGGCUGACUGUGUUUUGACAGUUAAUUGUACAAUGAAGUACACAACCAGUCACAGGAAUAAGAAAUUUUAUGUAUAAAUGCUGUGUCUAUAACUUUCCCUCCCUGCACUUUGCUUGCUUCUGUCAUGUUAAAUGCCUUUAGCUUUUUUAUAUAAUUGUUUACUCUUGGUUUUAAUGCCUUCUGAUCCUCUGUUCUUGAUUUGAGCUUAUCUUGCACAUACCAUCUUGCACACACACACCAGGACAAGAAUGAAGGAGAAUUCGUGUCAAAAAAACAAAACAAAAAACACUGACCCCUUCGUUAUCGAUUCUGUAAACAGUGUUUUUAGAUCUGGGCUACCUGCCUUUGUAUAGAAUCAAACUGGAGAAGCUGAAAAGGUCCAGAGACAGUCUGGAUUGAGCAUUUCAUGGAAAACAAGUGUUGCAGAUGUACAAAUUUAAUUCUACAUACAGAACCAGUGGUGCAUAACAGGAAGACUUCCUGGCCGGGGCUCAUUGGCCGUACAACUCUCGACGUUAGGUGACAGUGCCAGCAGCGAUCUACAAGCUAUGUUAUGCACAAGUGUUAAUAUCAUAGCUACAUGUAGCCUUUCGCUGAAUCUGCUUGUAUGAUUUGUUUAUGAAUUGCAUAGUUUUUUCUUUAUGUAUAGCCGAAAGUGCGUUUAUUGUUUUUGCCAAAGAGGUGUCAUUUAUGUCUGCUCACCCACUUAAAAACCCUUGAAAACAUAUUCCGUUUUGUCGGUUUCUGUCCGGAUCGACAGCUGAUGCUAAAAAUGCAUUCACGGUGAUGAAUUUUAUAAGAAAAAGUAUUACAGUGUUAUACAGGUAGUUCAUGCUGACUAUGACUAAAGCAACAGUGACAACGUCACAAGCUAUAGCAUAUAUCUGGACUACUGAUACUAUAGCCUAUAAAUCAUCAAGGUGUUUAUCAGCCGCUUGGGAAUGAGAACUUUUUUUCUGAAAAUUCAAAACAAUCAUUCAUUCACAAUGAUUGUCAAUUUUAUUAUCUCCUUCUUAGUUCACGACUUCUGGCUAUCUUUCUUGUCUCAAUCAAAACAAUAAAGAUUCAGACUUU